UGAGGAUAUGAUGUCAUAUCUAAUAAAUUUAUGUUUAAUAUUUACGACUACAUCAUUACUUUUGCCAUCAUUAUUGGCAAAUAUUAUUCAAGUGUUGAGUGACAAUAAGCUUAAAGCUAACAAACAUAAUGAAAGCUUUGAUGGCAUUAGUUGGACGACACCUAUGCCUUCCGUUACUAAAAUCAAUGCCAGUAUUGAGCAAAAGUCUAAUAAAAGUUGGCCUAAAUUGGCAGCUAAUGGGGAAUGGGAUGAAAGAGCCAAUGAAUCGUAUAAAUCCAUUAAUACUUUUGGAUUAUUCAAUGAAAAUAUUGCUUCAAAUAAACCGAAAGUCACUUCAAACACAUUCAUGACAACAUUGGCAUCAAUGAUAUCAACAGAAAACUAUCUUAAUGUAAAUCAAAUGAAAUACAGUGACAAUAGUAGUGUUGAUGUGAUAGACAUUAUUAAUAAUAAUGAAAAUAUUAGUGAAUCAAACACUACUGGAAUACUGAGCUUUUCAAAUAAGUCCAUUACUAAGGGAUCCAUUGGGCUGACUAUACUCUACUCCGCCAGCAAUAUAUCUACUGAUACUUCCGUUUAUUUAAAUACUACUAAACAAAUUGCUCUUAAAUCUACUAACACUAUAUUACCACCACUGGACAUAUCUGAUGGCAAUGAUACUCAAUUACCAACACUAGUAGCUCAGGUAGAUUCCACAACUACAGUAACUACUAUUACAAGUACAACUAUAACUAUGCCGGGAGGUCCUCAAUACUAUUGGACUGUAGAUAAUACUACCGAUUUAACAGCCAAUGGGACGGCCAACAGCUUAUUAUCAAUGAAUUCAAGUGAUGAUUCAAUUGAAUCCUCCCAAAGGACUUCUCUAUUGGGAUCAAUGGUCACUAAGAAUUCAUUAACAUUGCCGACAACAACAAUAACUAUAGACUCAAAAAUACAUUAUAAUUAUAGUGAACAGUAUAUUGAAGUCCAAUACGAUGAUAAUGAGUCUAUUCAAGAGGAUAAACGACAUUGUAUUUUGCAACAAUAUAAUGGCAUCAAUUGGACGUCUAGUGAAACGGGAAUAUUAUCCUCACAAUUAUGUCCGCAGCCAUACAGCGGAACUUUGUAUCGACCGUGUUAUCCAUCGGGUAGUUGGGGUGAACCUGACUAUAGUGACUGUAGACUUGAACAGCUAAAAGAAAUACAAAGUCUGAUCUUAUAUCACGUUCACAAGCAUUUAGUCGAUGGUCUGUACCCAUUGGCAGAAGACUUGAGUCGAUUAGUAACUUCGGGACGAUUUCCUCUCAGGAGUCCAAUGGAUAGGUUAGAUGCCAUCGAUUCACUCAAUGCUAUACUGAGAGCUAAAAUUAAGAUCCGUAUGGAAGAUGAAGACAAAAAUGUUAAUCUAAUUCAAUCAUUGACGACGAUUUGCGAUCAGGUUUUAACACAAACUCCUGUUGUCUUUACCAUUGAAACGGAAAAAAAUUCAUUGAUAACACAGAAGACAGCGGAGGCUUUGUUUGGAUUUCGUGUACUUUCAGAAAAUAUAUUAAGAGCUCUGAUUGUUGUCUGCGAUGACGGAACCAUCAGAAGAAUCAAACCUAUCGUUCCUUUUGCUAACAAUAUAAUCAUGACACUAACACAUAGGACUCCAUUUGGAUCAUUGAUUCCACUCGUCCAGCCAUCCAAUUAUACCACACUUAUUAACAAUACUAUUAUACCAAAAGUUAUCAUUCAUCUCGAAGACUUUAAUAAGUUAGGUGUCGGUAUAUCUUCCGUAUGGAUCCGAGAUAUGGGAUCUGUUUUGGAUAACGCUCUCUACGAAGUAAUCAGUGAUGUUGUAUUAGUAUCAGUGGUGCCGGCAGUUAGUAUUGAAGUGGACUUUGAAGAGACACCUAAAGUAGAGGUUGAGUUACAUUUUAAGAGACCCGUUAGACAAUGUGAUCACAUCAGUUGUGGCCGAAUCAAAUCUAGCCGAGAUUUAUGGCAGAGGAAAGGUUGUGAAACAAUAGCACGCAAUCUAUCAUCGAUUCAUUGUGUUUGCGAUGAACUCGGAAUAAUUGCAGCACUCAUUCAUAAGACAUCCCUAACCGACUCUAUGGCCAACAAUUCCGGACACAACCACUCACUACUGGUCCACACUAUAGUUCUUUACCUGAGUUUUUCUGUGUCAUUGAUUCUGCUUUUAAUUUCGCUUUUCUGUCAAAUUGUCCAAAGAAGUCGUGAAUCAUAUGAGGCAUCAUUUAUCCUCAUAAGUCUAGUGUCAUCAUUGAUGGCCAUUCAGCUGAUGUUCCUCUCCGGGGCUCCAUUUGCACCAAAAUGGACGCACAGUCACCAACUCUGCUCUAUAGCUCCUCUUAUUUUUCACUUUUUACAUCUUGUCUCAGCAUUUUGGAUGUUAUCGCACACCAUAUUUCUAUACCAACGGCUAUGGAAACCACUGUCGAGAACAUCAUCGACAUCUCUACCUUUUUCUGAAUCUCAUCAAUCAAUUAAGCGAUCGGUUAAGUGUUGGUCAAAGUGGUCUUCAUUGCCAACCAGUUGGAUCUUUAACCAACAGUGGGAUUGCAAACAAUUCACACUUUUUUCUACAGCACUUCCAGCACUUUCUGUCCUCAUAUCGUAUUAUCUGAAUCCAGAAGGAUAUGAAACAAAACGAUACUGUUGGAUGUCGAUUGAGGGAGGGAUGCAAUACUCGUUUAUAGUGCCUGUCUCUACCCUUAUUCUGACAAAUACGGCUAUAAUGUUGUUAGUGUUGAAGCGUUUUUUUGAGACCAAGCCAUUGACCCACAAGAGGGAGAUCGACAAAACCCAACCCGCUUUGAGAGCCGGUGUCACUCUUUUGCCUCUAUUUGCGGUCAAUUGGUUUCUCAGUGUUUUGGCACUGGAGGACACCUACACCACAUCAUUCCAGUGCAUAUUCGGUGCAUCAAAUCUGGUCCUCUCUUAUAUGGUAUUUCUAUUUCACUGUUACCAGAGAUAUGAUUUAAAUGAAUACAUAAGAGUGAGACUAUUUGGUGCCAAACAUAAGCAAAAGUCAACUCUCAGACUCAAGAAGAACACUCCGGGAUGUGGUCUGAGAGUAGACAUCCCUCGUCUCUGUAUUGGCGACGACCCGGACGUCAUAUCAGUACCGAACUCAGCAAAUAGUGGCACAUCUAUUGACUGUCAACCACUUCUCAUGCCUUAUACCGGCGCUUCACAAACAUCUAACAUUCAUUAUAAACAAAAAGAGUUAAUACAAUAAAUACUAUAUAUUAUUAUUUUA